AUGUCCGUGGCAGAGGCUCAAAACUCAAGCGAAAUGUUUCAACAACCAAGCACCAGCACCAGCGAGGAAAAGAAACACCCCACUCGUCUAGAGAGGUACACAAAACUUACUUCAGCAGCCAUCAAAAGGAAGUCAUCCACUGAAGGUUCUUUGGCCCCACCCUCCAAACAAACCAAGCUGUGGGAAACUCAAAGAGUGUCCCAGGCAAGUGUAGAUAAAGUAGUCCUCCAAUUUAUUGUCCAAGGCUUGCACCCACCACACAUUGUUCAGCAACAGGGCUUCAUUAAUCUUGUGCAACAUCUUCAGCCAAAUACAAAUGUCAUGACACGCAAUACUGUUGUCAACAAAGUCACAAAGGCCUCUUUUGAAAUGAAAAGAAAACUGAAAGCUGCUCUAAGUGGAAUUGAGUUCAUAACAACAACAACGGACUGCUGGACAGCACACCGUUGCGGUUUCAUUGGUGUCACUGCACACUGGUUUUACCCCCAGACCAUGCAGAGAUCCUGUGCUGCACUGGCAUGCAAGCAGCUAAAAGGGUCCCACACCUUUUCUGCCCUGGCUGGUGCCCUAAAUGAUAUUCACACAGAAUUCAAUAUCAGAGAGAAGAUUGUUCGCACUACUACUGACAACGGAUCAAACUUCCUGAAAGCCUUCAGAGUUUAUGGGCAGACUGAUGAGAACAACAAUCCUGAACCUGUAGGAGAGGGUGAUGGAGAAGAGGAUGAUGGUGGGCAAAAUGAUGAUCACGAUGAAGAAGAGGAAAGCUUUGAGGGUGUGGAUUUUGUUGAUGCCGGAGCUCUGUUGGACGAAGAUGAUUACUUGGAAUACCAGCUACCCAAGCACCAUCGCUGCGACUGCCACCUCCUUAAUUUAGUAUCCACAGUUGAUGCUUCAAAAGCAGAAGUCAAUCCAUUGUACAAGCGUGUGUCAAGGUCCACAUUUGCCAAAUGCUCUAGCCUGUGGAACAAAAGUUCAAGAUCAACCACCGCAUCUGAAGUAAUUGAAGACCACUGCAAACUCCAACUCGUAAGGCCUGUUGGUACAAGGUGGAAUUCACUAUUCUCAGCUGUAGAAAGAAUAGUGAGAAUAACAAGAGAACAAGGCGAAGGAGCCCUCGCAGCUGUCUGCAGUGAACUAGAUACACCCAAAUUUACUCCAGUGGAACUUGCAUUUCUUGCAGAAUAUUCAAAGACAAUGAGCCCAGUUGCAAAGGCACUGGAUGUUCUUCAGGGAGAAACCAGUGUGCAGAUGGGUUGGUUGGUCCCCACCAUAACUCUACUAAGGACCAAGCUCCAGCACCUUCAGGUCACCUCCAAGUUCUGUGAACCUUUGAUUGCUGCACUUCUUUCAGGCCUUGAAAAACGAUUUGGCGAGAUGCUUGCUGAUCCAGAGCUGAUAGCCGCAGCCAUUCUAGUUCCUAAAUUUAAGACCUGCUGGACAAGUGACGAAAAUAUCCUCAAACUUGGCCUUGACUACAUCAAAAACCACUUGGACUGUCAGGCUGAGAAUAUCAUCAAUGAGGGCUCCCAAUCAUCUGAGGAAGAGGACUUCUUUUCCUCCUUGAAGAAGACCAACCCGCUUGAAACAACACAGCAGUUGGAUGCAUACCUGGGGUGCCCAGGAGACACAGUAGAGGUACUGAAGUCCUUCCCAGCUGUGUGCCAGCUAUCACUUAAGCUUAAUAUGGCACUCCCUGCAUCAGCAGCCUGUGAAAGACUGUUUAGUGUUGCAGGGCUGAUCUUCAGGCCAAGAAGAGCAUGCAUUGGUUCAAAGAACUUUGAGAACCAGCUGCUUUUGCGGCUGAACAAAGCCUAUUGGUAACUCUGUCACAUGUUCUGUGCUUAACUGAUGUU